AUGGUCGGCAGCUCCGGGGCCAGCGGUCCUCGACUCGCCUCGGGAGCGCCGGGUGGCCAAUACCAUGGCGGUGCCGGCAGCUCGGCCACGAUGCGGCUCUCGCCAAAGGCACAACGGAUGCUGCCGCGGUGGCUGAGCUACCUGCUCAACCGGAUCCUCGCCGCCGCAUCGCGCCUCGACGCUUCCACGUCGGUGCAGCAGAACCUCGACCGCUUCCGCGCCUGGCAGCCCACCAAGGGGCAGCGCUUCAAGUACGCCUUUCUCCUGCUCAUCGCCGUCUUUAGCCUCUUUGUCAUGGAGUCGCCCGGCUUUCCGCUCAAGCUCCUCAUCCCCGCCGCCUACGCCGCUACGCUGCUCCUCCCCAUCACGUCGCAGUUCUUCCUCCCCGCCGCUCCCAUCUUUGGCUGGCUCAUCCUCUUCUACUCGUGCAAGUUUAUCCCCGCCGCGACCCGCCCGCACAUCUGGGUUUCGGUGCUGCCCACGCUCGAGACGAUCUGGUACGGCGCCAACAUCUCGGAUAUCCUCACCCAGUUCGGCCAUCCCGUCCUCGACAUCCUUGCGUGGAUCCCCUACGGCGUCAUCCACUUUGUCGCCCCCUUUGUCGUCGCCGCCUUCCUCUUUGUCUUUGCGCCGCCGGGCAGCGUCAAGGUGUUUGCCAACGCCUUUGGCUUCAUGAUGCUCUUCGGCGUCAUGAUCCAGAUCGCCUUCCCCUGCGCCCCGCCGUGGUACGAGCUGCGCGAGGGCAUCACCCCCGCCAACUACGGCAUGCGUGGAUCGCCCGCCGGCCUGGCCCGCAUCGACGAUCUGUUUGGCGGCCACGGCUACACGGUCGCCUUCACCGGCGCCCCCAUGGUCUUUGGCGCCUUUCCGUCGCUCCAUGCCGGCAAUGCCACCAUCAAGGCGCUCUUCUGCAGCUACUUUUUCCCGCUCGCGAUCCGCAUCGGCAGGCUGCGCCUCGACGCCCGCGUCCUCUACUGGGGCUACUGCUUCUGGCUCUACUGGUGCACUAUGUAUUUGAUGCACCACUACCUCAUCGACCUCGUUGCCGGCGCCUGCCUCGCCACCAUCUGCUUCUAUUUCUUCCUCACCGACGAGAUGCGAACGGCGAUGGAGCAAAACUACCCUUUCCGCAACUCGGCCGCCGCUCCCUCGAGCGCCGCGCCUCCUUCCAACCGACCCGGGUCGGCCUUUGCGACCAACCUCGAGAACGGGUAUCCCAACACUGCCGAAUCAGUCCCGCUCGACGCCAUCGCCGCCAGCAGCAAGGCGGGCGCGCCCUACAUUUCCGCCUCGGCCGAGGCAAAGGACGAAGAGGCGAGGCUAGGCAGCUCGCUCUCGCGGCCCAACUCCUCCUUGACGGGGAGGCGGACGUCGUCGACGAGUAACGCGAUGCAGCAUGCGCAGCACCACAACGACGUCGUCUUUGCCAUCGACGACGGGUCGAUCGACGCCGGCGACCUGGGCGCUUCGGCGGCGGCGGCUGCCCACGGCGGGGAAGAGGACAAGCAGCGCCGGCCGUCAACGCUGGCCGCGUCCAACAGCGCCUCGCUUCGCGCCGGCGCGACGUCGCCCGUGCCCCGCGCACGCAGCCCGUUGUCACGCACAAAGAGCCCAGCAUCGUCUUCAUCGGCGGCGGCGGCGGGUAGCCACGCUGAUGGAUCGGCGACGACGGCGGCGGCGCCGCCAAAGCACCGGGAUAGCUUCGACGACUGGGGAAACGAGAGCGAUUAG